AUGAAUACCAAGGGCUGUGCAACAACUAUGUCUUCUUCAGCGCCGUGCCAAAGCUGUUCUGGGAUUACAAAUUUAAGGACCAUCUUUUCUAACACCAGCUGCCAGCAUGCUGGUCUUGAAGCCAACAGCUGUCAGCCAACUGGCCGUGUUCUGAGAACUCCCCAGUCCCAGGACUGCCAACACAUGCCUUGCUUUUGUCUCACACCCCUCUGCCUAAUAAGCAACUUCAACACCUGUCCCUCUCUGGAUGAUUGCAGCUGGUGUGGUGAGGGCAUCAACAGCUAUGAGAAAGAGACCAUGCAAAUCUUGAACGACCGCCUUGCUAACUACCUGGAAAAGGUACGAAUGCUGGAACGAGAGAAUGCUGCACUGGAGUGUAAAAUCCAGAAAGAGUGUGACAAAGAGGUCCCAGUCACAUGCCCUGACUACCUGUCCUACUAUGCUACCAUUGAGGAGCUCCAGCAGAAGAUCUUGUGUACCAAGGCUGAGAAUUCCAGACUGGUCUCACAAAUUGACAACACCAAACUGGCUGCUGAUGACUUGAGAGCCAAGUGUGAAGCUGAGGUGUCCCUACGUCAGCUAGUGGAGGCAGAUGCCAACGGCCUACAGCAGAUCCUGAACGCACUGACCCUGGGCAAGGCGGACCUGGAGACUCAAGUCCAGUCUCUGAAGGAGGAGCUCCUUUGCCUCAAAAACAACCAUGAAGAGGAAAUCAAUUCCUUACAGACCCAGCUUGGGGACAGGCUCAACAUCGAAGUGACCACCACCCCCUCUGUUGACCUAAACCGGGUCCUACAAGAAAUGAGAUGUCAAUAUGAAUCCAUCAUGGAGACAAACCGCAAAGAUGUGGAAGAGUGGUUCAACACGCAGAUGGAGGCACUGAGCCAGCAGGUGGUGACCAGAACCCAACAGCAGCAGUGCUCCCAGAAGGAGAUCAUUGAACUGAGAUGCACCAUGAACGCUCUAGAGAUUGAACUGCAGGCCCAGCACAGAAUGAGAGACUCCCAGGAACGUGCCCUGGCAGAGACGGAGGCCCGCUACUCAGCCUUGUUGGCCCAGAUCCAGUGUCUGAUCGAUUACCUAGAGGCUCAGCUGGCAGAGAUCCGGGGUGCCCUGGAAAGACAGAACCAAGAAUAUGAGAUUCUGCUGGACGUCAGGUCCCGGCUGGAGUGUGAGAUUAGCACAUACCGCAGUCUUCUGGAGAGCUCGGAUGGCAAGCUUCCCUGUCACCCAUGUGCCACCAAAUGUGAGCCUUCCAUUUGCACAUCCAGUAAGGCCAGAGCCACGGAAUGCACAGCCCCAGUUUGCACAUCAUCCUCAGCCCCCCAUGGGAUACAGGAGUCCUGUGGUGACUGCAGAACGCUGCCCCGAAUUCUGGUGAAAAUCUGCACCAUCACCAAGGAGAUCAAGGAUGGGAAAGUCAUUUCUUCUUACGAGCAUGUGCAGCCUUGCUUCAUCACCAGAACUGCCAAACUCUGA